AUGAAAAGGACCCGAAACGAUGCAGUUAAAGCUGCUGUUACUUCCUACUUAGAGCGGCGAAAUUACCCUGAUAUUGAUUUCUUUAAUAGUAAUCCCGCAAGUCGUAGCGCUGAAGAAAUGGCUGUUGCAACUAUUGUACAAUGUGAAGCAAGUCGUGCGAAUUCUAUUUUAUUUUCUUGCAUUAACAAUGAUCCUGGGCAUUAUGAUGUACAAUACUCCAGGCUUGUAAAUUUUAUAAAGGAUAUUAAAAAUGAGAAUGUUAAAAAUGAACUACUUGGCCUACUUACUCCAUUACUGUGUCAUAUGUAUCUAGAAAUGUUACGUGGAGGUCAUGGGGGUGCUGCACAAAUGUUUCUUAAAAGACAUUCUGCAACUUUACCACAAAAGGAUUUAUCUUAUCAUCAGCCUAUUGAUGGUAAUUUACCCUCAGCUCUUUAUCGACCUAACAGCCUUGAACAAUUGUUCAAUUCUCUUCAAAAUGGCACAAUAGAUAAUGAAACUCCAGAAAAGGACUAUAUGAAUCAGCUGUUGGAUGAUAUUGGAACUGUAUAUACUUUACAAGAAGUGGAAGCCCGUCCAUCUAUUGCAGCUUUCAGGUCUUGCAAAUAUGACAUAUAUUUAUCACAAGAUGCUUUAAAUAUGCUGAAGACAUAUUUAGCUAAACAUGGACAUGUUCUGUUAAUACAAGUUCUACAGACUUGGUUUCAUAUUGAUAUUAAUAUCGAUAACAAAAAAAAAGUGGAAAACGAUGAUGAACACACAGAAGAAGUUCAUGUUAAUUCUGCAAAUAAUGAAGAAAAAGUAAAUGACAAGAAUGAUAUUUUUUCCAAAUGCAAUGGUCAUGCAGAAUAUCAAUCUGUUGACAAAGAACUAAGGGAAUUGCAAGAUGCCAUCAAAGGGGUUAGAGAAUCUAUGGCACCAUUAAAGUUAUAUAAAAUAGCUGCACCUGAUACUCACUUAGUAUGUGCCAAGACAGAUCAGUAUUGUAAUGUACUGUGUGGAGGAUUUGAUAAUUCAGAAAUAAGACUGUGGGAUCUCGGACAAAACAAUGUCAAGAAAAAGAUUAAUAGGAAUAUAUCAGAAGUGGAACUUGCUUGUGGCAUACCACCUGAACCUGAAACUAUUUUAGACACUACUUUUCAAAUUGGAACGGGGUUACCGUUGAGAGGGCAUUCUGGACCAGUACAAGCCGUGAAUAUAUUGUCUAGAGAGGAAAUAGUGCUUUCAGCCUCACAUGACAAUACUAUGAGAGCUUGGAGACUGUCAGACUAUUCAUGUGCUUCUAUAUACAGGGGACACAACUAUCCAAUUUGGUGUAUGGAUGUGUCUAAAAAUGGUUUGUUCAUUGUGACUGGGUCACAUGACAGGACUGCCAAGUUAUGGUCCCUGGACAGAACAUUCCCCAUUCGGAUUUUUGUUGGGCACAUGUCUGAUGUCACUUGCGUGAAGUUCCACCCGAACGAGGCGUACGUGGCGUCGGGCGGCGCGGACCGGUCGGUGCGGCUGUGGAGCGUGUGCGACGCGCGCCUCGUGCGCGUGCUGUGCGGCCACCGCGCCGCGCCGCGCGCGCUCGCCUUCAGCCCCGGCGGCGCGCACCUCGCCAGCGCUGGUGAUGAUAAAAAGAUUAAAGUAUGGGAUUUGGCCGCUUGCACCUGUGUUCACGAAUACAGAGGCCAUCAUGGGAAAGUGACAUCAUUGGACUGGUCGUCUGUGGGGAAACCCAGUUUGUCUAACAGAAUAUCAGACCCUAAUGAUCCUACAGAUAACUCCAUAUUGUGUUCGGCCGGCAUGGAUGGCAUUGUGAAGGUUGUGUGGGACAGUUAUAUGAAAAAUAAACAAAUGUCGAGUCAAGACCUAUCAACUUCAACUUACAACACCAAAUGUUCAUACUUAGUUGAUGUCCAAGUGCACCCGGACUGGAUGGUAGCCAUUGGAACUAAAAGA